GUGUACCAGGUAUACCCGGAUUAAACGGUGAACAUGGAUUGCCAGGAAGCAAGGGGGAAAAGGUAAUCUAUAAUUUUUCCGAUAUACACGAAGGUAGCCGGGGAAUUAUGGGAUUGUCAGGUGAACUUGGUGAAAAGGGAGCACAAGGUUCUCCAGGUGUUCAAGAAAUCAAGGGCGUUCAAGGCCCUCCAGGUAAUAGAGGACUGAAAGGCGAAAAGGGUUACAUUGGAAAACAUGGACCGAUGGGUCCAAAGGGGGAUACUGGUAGCAUUGGCGAAAAAGGACAUCUUGGACCUCACGGUCCUGUCGGACAAAAGGGUGACAUGGGGUCUCGAGGGAGUAAAGGAGAUACUGGAUCACCAGGUAUCACUGGUGCUAAAGGAGCCAAGGGGUCCCAGGGAAGCCGGGGUGUCAAUGGUGCCAUUGGCGCUAAGGGAAACAAAGGGUCAUCAGGAUCUCCAGGUGCUACCGGAGCCACUGGUGUUAAGGGGGCUAAGGGUUCUCAAGGCAUUCGGGGUACUUCUGGAACCAAUGGUGCUAAAGGAGCCAAAGGGUCACAAGGAAUUCGGGGUGCUGCAGGAGCCACUGGUGUCAAAGGAACCAAGG